AUGACCAACAUUUCAACGUUCCUUGUGUUCUUACUAGUAUGGGUCUAUCCAGCUUUUUCAGUGAAGGAAUACCUAUUCAAAAAAUGCGAACAGAAUGGGUUUUGUCACAGAAAUAGACAUUUUGCAACUACAAUAUCCGCAUUUCUACCCAAUUAUGAGCCAAGAUAUUCUAUUGACAGGUCAUCCUUGACAAUUGAUGAAUCCAAUGGUGUGUUUCAGGGGAAGGUUUUAAAACAACUGAAUGAUGGCUCGUAUAAAGAGCUGGCUUUUGAUAUAUCGGUUAUUCAAGAUUAUAAUCUAAGGUUUAAAUUGGAUGAACUGUAUCGGGAAAAAUUGGUCGAAAACACAAAGGUUAACCCUAAAAGAUACGCUGAAGCUUCAAAAUGGGCAUUCUCUAAUAACGCAAUCCAGAAAUCUUUUAAGCACCAAAGCUUCAAUGAUGAAAUCGUCCUACAAUAUGGUAAUGAAAUGGAAUAUAAAGCCAUUGUUCAGGUAUAUCCAUUUAGGAUCAGCUUAUAUUAUUUUGAAGUAUUGCAAAUAGUUAUGAAUGAUAGGGAUUUUCUAAACUUGGAGCACUACCGAAAAAAAGAAAGUGACGAAAAAAUCAAUGUUUUGCCCGAAGAAUCCACAUACAAUGCAUUUUUCGACCAGUUCAAAGACUCUAGAGAUGAUACGUUGCCAUUAGGCCCGGAGUCAGUUGCUCUGGAUUUUACUUUUGUUAACUAUACAACUGUUUAUGGUAUCCCCGAACAUGCUGAUUCGCUGUCUUUAAAAGACACUAGUGAUACCGAACCUUACAGGCUGUAUAACGUUGAUAUCUUUGAGUAUGAAACUCAGAGUAAGUUACCCAUGUAUGGCUCGAUACCAUUCAUGGUAGCAGUCAAUCCGGGUACCUCUGCUGCUAUAUUUUGGGUUAAUUCUGCAGAUACCUACAUUGAUAUUAAGAAAAAUGUUCACAAUGAAGAAGAUCAAGAUGAUAAGUUAAUUGUCCCAAACAGUAAAGCCAGUAAUGUCCAAACACAUUGGAUGUCUGAAAAUGGUAUUAUUGACGUCGUUUUAAUGGUUAAAACAACUCCUGGAGCAAUUUCCCAGGCAUAUCAUGAAAUUACAGGCUUCUCCAAACUUCCAAAUAUUUUUUCACUGGGAUAUCAUCAAUGUCGAUGGAAUUACAACGAUGAGUCGGAUGUUUUGAAUGUUCAUUACAACUUUGACAAGCACGAAAUUCCAUAUGAUGCCAUUUGGCUUGAUAUUGAAUAUACUGAUAGUAAAAAAUAUUUCACUUGGAAUAAAGGCUUAUUCCCGGAUCCCGAUAGAAUGAUGGGUAAACUUGCAGAAACUAGGCGUCAAUUGGUUGUUAUCGUAGACCCACAUAUAAAGACGCAUUAUGAUAUCUCGGAUGAAAUCCAAACUACAAAGAUUGGUAUUAUGGAUCAUAAUCUGGAACAAACAUAUCAUGGGCAUUGUUGGCCUGGUGAGUCUGUAUGGAUCGAUUCUACGAAUCCAAAUGCACAGACAUUUUGGUCCGAACAGUUUAAGAACGGAUCAGAACUGUUAGGACUGUCCACCAAUGGACACCUUUGGAAUGAUAUGAACGAACCAUCGAUAUUUAAUGGCCCUGAAACUAGUGCUCCAAAAAAUCUGAUUCACUAUGACAACUUUGAGCACAGAUCUAUACACAAUCUCUAUGGCUUGACAUUUCAUGAACUUACAUAUCAGGCAUUAAUCGAUAGAAAUCCAAAUCAGAGACCAUUUAUUUUGACGAGAGCAUUCUUCCCUGGUUCUCAGAGAACUGCUGCUAUGUGGACAGGAGAUAACAUGGCCGAAUGGAAGUACCUAAAAGAGUCUAUACCUAUGGUUCUAACAAUGAAUGUUGCUGGUUUCCCUUUUGCCGGCGCAGACGUUGGUGGGUUUUUUGGUAAUCCUUCUAAAGAACUACUUGUGAGAUGGUACCAAGCUGGCAUUUGGUAUCCUUUCUUCAGGGCACAUGCACAUAUUGAUUCCAGACGUCGUGAGCCAUGGGUUGCCGGAGGGGAGUAUACUGACACCAUUCGGGAUGCAGUGCGAUUGAGAUAUAGAUUACUACCAGAAUGGUAUACUUUAUUUUGGAAGAAUAGUAUUACAGGUGAUCCGAUUAUAAAGCCAUUAUCUUGGGUCGUCCCGUCGGAUGAAAAGGGGUAUCAUAUAGACAACGAAUUUUAUAUGGGUGGAUUGCUAGUUCGGCCUGUGGUAGAAGAAGAUGCGAACCAAGUUGGAGUAUAUUUUCCAUGUGAUAAUGAAACGUAUUACAAUUUCCUGGAUUUAUCAGAAAAGCAUACCUCUUGUCAGUAUAAAAACAUAGACACCCCUUUUGACGCAAUACCAAUGUUCUUGCGAGGCGGAAGUGUAUUGGCCAUGAAAGAGAGAUAUAGGAGAUCUGCCCAACUAAUGAAGUUUGAUCCAUAUACUCUCUAUGUAACAAUUGGUUCCGACGGUAGUUCAAAUGGUGAGAUAUAUACCGACGAUGGUGAAACUUUCAAUUACGAAUUCGGUGAUUUCCUCCAUGUGAAAAUAGCAGCACAUAAAGAUAACAGAACAAUCAAUGGUAGAGUAAUACACGUUGGUGAAGGACCUUAUAUCGAGGCUUUGAAGAGGAACCAGGUGAAGAUUAAUAAAAUCGUCCUUCUUGGUUACGAUGAGCAUAGUGGCCAUGUUGACGUCAUCCAAAAUGGGAAGAGAUGGACCGCUGACGUUAUAGAGGACGAUGCUAGAAGUUUCUUGACAAUUAGGAAUCCGGGGGUGGUGAUCACUGCCGAUUGGGAAGUAUCUUAUUAG